UUUUCGCAUUUGCAGGUCAUCUCCACCGGAACGCACCCUCUACCGGAAGGCCGAAAAAUAAAAAAAAAUCACGUGCGGAGGUUUUGGCCCAGCAGUUCCUGAGAGUUCCAGACACACCCCGCGGGUGUUGAAACAAGGAGUAGUGGGUUAGUUCCGUGCGUGCCUGGAAAACGGGGAUCGAGGAAGGAACGACAGUGGGUCUCCAUUCUGCAAGUUCACUUCACUUGACUUCGUGGGGUAAGUAUCAAAGAGGGACCUAAAGCUUGCGGAGAUUUAGAAGGUCAGCCAUGGAUCCUCCGGCUGCUUCAAGCCCGACUGUAACUCAGCGUGAUCAAUGGAUUGUAGAAUCUCAGGUCCAUAAGAUAUACGAACAGUUUGCCAAUCUUCCUCCUAAUGCCCAAUCCGUCAUGUUGGAGCUGCAGCGUGAUAGACACUUGGAGUUCCUGGAAAAGGGUCUUAGAAAUCUGGGUUCCGCGUUUUGCGUUUUGGAUGCCAAUCGACCUUGGCUAUGCUACUGGAUUCUUCACUCCAUUGCUUUGUUGGGAGAAUCAGUUGAUGAUGAAAUGGAAAAUAACACCGUUGAUUUUCUCUGUCGUUGCCAGGAUCCAAAUGGUGGAUAUGGUGGGGGACCAGGCCAGAUGCCUCAUCUUGCCACAACUUAUGCUGCAGUCAAUGCGCUUAUCACAUUGGGUGGUCAUAAAGCUUUGGCAUCAAUUAAUAGAGAUAAAUUGUCCGGGUUUCUACAUCGAAUGAAACAACCAAAUGGGGGAUUCAGGAUGCAUGAUCUAGGAGAAAUUGAUGUUCGAGCUUGCUACACUGCCAUUUCUGUUGCAAGUGUCUUGAACAUUCUAGAUGAUGAGCUGAUCCGUAAUGUUGGAGACUUCAUUUUAAGCUGUCAGACAUAUGAAGGUGGCAUUGCUGGGGAGCCUGGUUCUGAGGCUCAUGGAGGGUAUACCUUUUGUGGAUUAGCUACAAUGAUUCUGAUCGGUGAAGUUAAUCGCUUGGAUCUGCCUCGUUUAACUGAGUGGGUAGUAUUCCGGCAAGGUCAGGAGUGUGGAUUUCAGGGGAGAACUAAUAAAUUGGUUGAUGGAUGCUACUCUUUUUGGCAGGGUGGGGUUGUUGAUCUAUUGCAAAGAUUACGUUCUAUUGUUGAGAAACAAAUGCCAAGCUUAGCUGCUGAAAGAGGCUAUAGUGCUGAAGAGUGUCCACAGAUUCCUACAACAUCUGACGGAUUUGAAGAAGGUGUGAGGAGGUCCUCUUCGGUUAAUUUUAACGACAUUGGUUGUAAUUUUAUGAAGGAACCCAGAGUAACAGAACCUCUUUUUCACAGCAUUGCCUUGCAGCAAUACAUUCUUCUAUGCUCACAGGAUCUAGAGGGUGGAUUGAGAGACAAACCGGGCAAACGUAGAGAUUAUUAUCAUACGUGUUACUGUUUAAGUGGGCUCUCAUUAUGUCAGUAUAGCUGGUCAAAGAACCCAGAUUCCCCACCGUUGCCCAAGUCAGUGUUGGGGCCUUACUCUAAUCUCCUUGAACCCGUCCAUCCCCUCUUCAAUGUUGUCUUGGAAAGAUACCACGAAGCCCACCAAUUCUUCUCCGGCUUCUCCUGACUGGUGGUGACCCCAUUUUAUGUACCUCACCUGUAUUUCGUUCGAUCACUUCGAUUCUGUUGGCUAACUAGGGUCAUGUUUUUAAGAUUGUAAAUUGCUUCUUGUGAGCAUUCCAUUGAAGGGGGGAAAAUCUAUGGUUGUUAGUAGCUUUAUCUACUCUUCGAAAUAUUGGCUAAUCUAAUGAGUUAAAUUGUGCUUGACUUA